AGCCUGGCUAUAAACUGAAUUUAUAUAUUUAUGUCGCCACAGCCAAAACAGACUUCGGGCCAAAUUAGUAGUAAAACCGACUCGUGUGGAAACAGAUUUCUAGACUUCCAUCAGCUUCGGCAAAACUUGAAGUUGUCACAGUCGCUGGUUCGCCGUCUGUCGACGAGGUCGUAACUGGAGUCCCAGUCGAGUGAAUACGAAUUAUUGGGAGUCUCACAAAUAUAAUGCCAGUGAAAUGCCAAUAAAUUGUGAAUUUAAUUUAUCGCGUGCUGCUGCCAUUUAUUACACUGGCGAGCAAGUCUCGGGUUCACUCACUGUGACAGUUCACGGCAAAAAACAUUUUGCAUCUGAGGGCGUAAGUAUAACGCUCUAUGGAGUCUCAGCGGUACACUGGCGAGAACCAAAUUGUGGUCCUCCGGAAAUCGAACAUAAUGAUAGCACCGGGAACUUGGAGUGUGCCAAAGAGGAUUACCAGGGCAUUGAAGUUCACAUAAAUCAAACAAAGAAGCUGACUAGCGGACUACGCCUACAACCUGGUAUUUUUCAAUUCGGUGACUUUAGAUUCCAGCUCCCUGAAAAUUUGCCAACUACUUGUAGUCUUUCUUUCGGCAAUGUGGAAUAUAUGCUAAGGGUUGACUUUGAAAGAAGGGGAAAACAUAACAAAUGCUUUCAGCAGCGAGUGGUGAUAAGAAAGAAUCUGGAAUUUAGUGAUCUCAAUCCACAAUUUAAGGAGACGUCUAAUAUUAGCCUUUCCCUGCCCCGAAGUUACUUUGUUCCUGGUCAAAAUGUUGGCUAUGAAAUUAAUUCAAAGGAUGGAUCCUUGGAGCCCUUAACCCGUUUGUGUAAAAAAAUCUGUUACACAUGUCAGAAACCUAAUGCAAAGACUAAAAAAGUUAUACAAGUUUUAUCCGAGUGCACCGACUUAAAAAGUAACCUUCGCCUGCCUCUGACAGCUCCCAUUAUGAGCCACGCAGAUCAGUUGGGACUUAUACAAAUCAGCUAUUAUAUAGAGACACUUAACUUCCAGGAUCCUCCACUCAAACUCCCUAUAUUUGUAGUCACUGCAGCACCACCCGUGUACUCCUCCAUGGAACCCUCCCGACUUUGCUUUGUUAACAUGGCCCUCAGUGAGAGCGAGCUGUGUACGCCAAUUAAUCAGUUUCUGGCCCACAACUGUUCCCUGGAAAUUGGCGCCUUGGCUCUGAACAAACAUUGUGAACGCAUCGAGUUACUGAAAGGCCCGAAGAGACAAAAGUCGUACGUGCAAUUAGCAUUGCGAUACUUUCAUAAAAACGUUUUACCCUGACACGUGUCCAAAUUGGAAUUUCAGUGUCAAGCAUUGAUAUUUUAGAGUUCAAUGGAAUCAAAUCUAUUAAACUGCACAGAAACAAUUAUUAUUUUUGUCCAAAAAAAUAAAAAUACAA